AUGAGAUCAUGGAACGAUUCGAUCCAUUUCUGUAACUGGACAGGUAUCGCGUGCAGUCUAAGAGACAAGAGAGUUGUCACCCUGAAUUUGUGGUCUGGUGGCCUUUCUGGUUCAAUAUCACCCGCAGUUGGUAACCUGUCCUUUCUUAGGGAGCUUCUCCUUAACAACAAUAGCUUCACAGGCACCCUCCCACAGGAAGUUGGCAGGUUAUCAAGAUUAAGGAGGCUAGGAAUUUCCAACAAUUCUCUGUCAGGUGAGAUUCCUUCGAACAUAUCUCGAUGUCUAAAUCUUUUGGCUCUUAAUCUGAGUGGGAACCAGUUCAUAGGGAUUUUUCCUAAUGAGUUUGAAUCACUCACUAAGCUUCAAGUCAUAGACCUCCACCUUAACAACCUUACAGGAGAAAUACCCAAGUUUAUUGGAAAUUUUACGUCCCUUAAGUAUAUAUCUGGUGGGUCAAAUAAUUUCCAUGGAAGCAUUCCAGAUACUCUUGGUCAGUUGUCCAAUUUGUUGUAUUUUGGGCUCCCAAUAAAUAACCUUUCAGGCAUUUUACCAUCUUCGUUUUUCAAUCUUUCGUCAUUGACUUUGAUAAGUUUGCUUGACAAUAAGAUUGGAGGGAAUCUCCCUGCAGACAUUGCACAAAGAUACUCUAGACUUGAAUAUUUGAACCUUCCAGUAAACAAAUUUACUGGACCCAUUCCACUUUCAUUAACUAAUGCAUCGAAUCUUGAAUUCCUGGACCUUGGUGACAACUUAUUCACUGGAACUGUGCCAGGUUUCAAUCAGCUAACGAGAUUGACAUGGUUUGCGGUUGGUCAUAAUCUACUUGGGGAUGGAAAUCCUAAUAAUCUAGACUUUGUAUCAUCUUUGGCCAACUGUACUAACUUAAAUAUUUUGAUUUUCGAUAACAACAAUCUUGGAGGUGUCUUGCCGAAAUCAUUGUUUAAUUUUACCCAACUCACUCAGCUACUUAUACAUACAAAUCUAAUUUCUGGUAAUAUCCCUUUUGAAAUCGGGCAGAUAGUUAACGUUGAGAUACUGAGGCUACACUCCAACCAAUUCACUGGUAGAAUUCCCGAGUCAAUUGGGAAGCUUAGAAAAGUGGGAGUAUUGUCACUCCAAAAUAACUCAUUAUCAAGUUCCAUACCCUUCUCCUUGGGAAAUCUCUCACUAUUGGUUAUACUUGAUUUAUAUUACAACAAUCUUGAGGGGACUGUACCGUAUAGUCUAUCAAACUGUAGAGAGUUGCAGCUGUUGCAACUUGACUAUAAUAACCUCAAUGGUACCAUACCUAAAGAGAUUUUCAGUCUAUCUUCAUUGACAUUAGGUCUUGGCCUUUCUUACAACCAUUUUGUGGGUCCUCUGCCUUUGGAAAUAGGCAACUUGCAGAAUUUGCAACAGUUUUCUGUUUCAAACAACAACAUCUCGGGGGUAAUUCCAUCUAGUCUUGGAAAAUGCACGAAUUUGGUUGAUUUAUCCUUGUCCGGAAAUACAAUUCAGGGGGAAAUUCCAGAUACAUUUAGCUCACUGAAAGGACUAGAAGCUCUAGAUCUUUCCCACAACAACUUAAUAGGGAAAAUUCCCUCGUACUUCGGAGAUUUUGUGUUUCUCAGCACUUUAAAUUUAUCUUUCAACGGUUUUGAGGGAAAGUUGCCAGAACAGGGAGCUUUUAAGAACACAAGCAUUGUUUCCAUUAUUGGAAAUGCUAACCUUUGUGGCGGGGUUCAAGAAUUUCAUUUGCAUGAGUGUACUCUUGAAGAACCAGAACGGAAAAAAAGAACUCAUUCCUUACGAAUCAUCAUACCAGUUGUAAGUGUGAUGUGUUUCCUAAUCAUAGCAGUAACAUUUUAUUGGGUAUAUAAACGAAAGUAUGGUAAGAAGACAUCUCUAGGGAGUGACUCCAACAUCGAAAGUUUUCCACACGUAUCUUAUAGAAACUUACAGAAAGCAACCAAUGGGUUUUCUUCCGAAAACUUGAUAGGUUCCGGAAAGUUCAGUUCUGUGUAUAAGGCAGUACUGUCUCAAAAAGAUGGACCACAAGUUGUUGCUGUGAAGGUACUAAAACUUGCGGUUCAUGGUGCUCACAAGACUUUUAUUGCCGAAGGUGAAGCUUUGAGAAAGAUCAGACACAGGAAUCUUGUGAAAAUCAUAACUUCCUGUUCAGGUAUUGAUUUUCAAGGAAAUGACUUUAAAGCAAUUAUCUAUUCGUAUAUGGUGAAUGGGAGUUUGGAAGACUGGUUGCAUCAAUAUCCGGUAGUUGGUCUAGAGAUCGAGGAGGAAACCAGAUGUUUAAACUUCUUUCAGAGGUUGAACAUAGUGAUCGAUGUGGCUAGAGCUCUUGACUAUAUUCAUUGCCAGUGUGGAUCACCGAUGGUUCAUUGUGAUAUUAAGCCUAGUAACAUUUUGUUGGAUGCUGACAUGGUUGCUCAUCUUGGUGAUUUUGGCUUGGCAAGAUUUCUUCAAUAUACCUCCCAUGAUUUUUCUGCAAGCCACACAAGUUCCCUUGGUAUAAUAGGCACAAUAGGUUAUGCUGCACCUGAAUAUGGAAUGGGAGGUCAAACAUCAACAUAUGCAGAUAUCUACAGUUUCGGAAUCCUCAUACUAGAGACUUUUACAGCCAAAUGCCCUACUCACGAUAUGUUCAGCAAUGGCCUGAGUCUUCAUGAUUUUGUGAAGAUGGCUUUACCUGAUCGAGUUAUGGAGAUAACUGAUCCCAAACUUUUGGAAACCAGACAAAAGGAAAAUACAAGUUAUCAUGAAACUCAUAGAUCAAUCAAGAAGUCCCUAACUGCAGUUUAUCAAAUUGGCAUUUCUUGCUCCAUGGAAUCGCCCAGAGCUCGGAUAGACAUGAGCAAUGUCUUUGAUCAACUGCAGUCUGUCAGGGAAACGUUUCUUGGAGGAAUGCUAGCUAUUUCAAUGUGUUUUCCAUCAAAAGGUACUGAUCAAGUAUCCAAUAAUCCCAACUGA